AUGUACAUUUUCUCCCUAAUUAACCUAUUCAAGUCUGCAUCGAGUGUCCUGACGAAACCCUCGUACGCGUACAUUCAAAACUGCAAUCAUAUCAUUUCACAGCUCCCCAAAAAAACCAAUAAACUAAUUUUAAGCAGUUGUUCGAACAAGAAAAAUUAUAAUGCUUUUGUAUGCAAAUCUUACAAGAAAUAUAAAAUGAAUAAAAAAUUUUCGAGUUCCAUAAAUAUGAAUAAGAGUAACGAAAAUGAAAAUGUUUUAAAAGAUAAUAAUAACAUCUCUGCGUUUAAUAAAAACACCAGUGACGUUAAGAAUUUUGAGAACUUUAACCAAAGCAGCAGGAGUUCCGCCUUCGGCAAACGAUACAGCCAUGGCAGUAAGAGCAAAAGCAAGGUAUCUUCCGGCAGUUAUGUUGGUGGAGGUGUUGGUGGUAGUGGGGUAGCAGGUGAUGGCGAAGGCGGCGGAGGAGGAGGUAGUAAGUACACGAGUGGCCACACCUAUUCGGGGAAUCACCCAGGUCACCACCCAAACCAGAUCAACAGAGAAACGGGGGCCAAAAAUGAAGAAGCCAGUUACUCCCUAAACGAAACGAAGUUAAAUACAAAUGCGAAUUAUAUGAAUUCGAGCAUGAAAGAAAACAAAGGAGGAGGAUAUCCCAUGAACAGUAGCGACCCCAACAUGCCACCUGUCAACGAGAGUAGUAAAAUCAUUCAGCACAACACCAAAAUGAGUAGUUUCAAUAAGGAUAAUAUGUUGCGCAAAGGCGUGAAGGACGAAGGUAUGUACGGCCACAGUGGCUUAGGGCCCAACAACAGUGCCAACAAUGUGAUGGGUAGCGUCGACAAUGCAAAAAGCGGCAUGAAUAACAACAGUGGAAGCGCAACAGGAGGAAACGCACCAGGUGGAAACGCCGCGGGCGGUAAUUACCCAGAGAAUAAUCAGGUGAAAAGCACGAGCUACAAAAAUACCAAAAACAGCGGAAGCGGAAGCGGAAAUAACAGGAACAACAGCAUGAGCGAGAAAAAAACGAACAUGGAAGGCAUAGGCAGCACGAACUUAAAGGGCAACGAACGAUUUAGCCACCUGAACGAGAACCGUGCCAGCAGCACCAAGUACAAUGCGAAGAACGCCUUCAGCUCAAAUAAGAAAAAUAUGUCUACGUAUAACACAAAUUUGAGCAACGCGAACAAUAACAACCCUAAAAAGGGCGGUGAAAAUGCCUCUUAUGCACAGAACAAUUUCAAGAGAGAAACUUCAGAUGAUAUAUUGAAUAGUAAUGUCAAUAUGGCAGAGUUAAAUAAAAACGUUGGGGUUGUUAUGGAUCCCAAUAUGAACAGCAUUGACAUGAGCAACAAACUGAGCGCUAAGGAUUCUUACGGAAAAGGCGACGGUGUCAACAAUGAUGCAAACGUCGGCGCGAAUACCGGAAAUAGCAACCGAACUGGCAACUCGCGGGGCGGCAAUGGUCGAAUCGGUAACGGGCGCAGCGGCAACGGCCGGAGCUCCAAGGGUCAUAGAGGCGGCCGCAGAAGAAACAACAACUCGGGUGGGAAUAAUGCCGGCGCGAGUAACGCAGGCGCGAAUAAUGCAGAUGCGAGUAACGCAGGUGCGAAUAAUGCAGGAGCGAGUAACGCAGGUGCGAAUAAUGCAGGAGCGAAUAAUGCAGGUGGAAACAACGCUGGCGCAAACAACGCUGGUGUAAACAACUCUGGCGCAAACAACUUUGGCGUAAAUAACCCCAGCGGAACCACCCCCGGCGGGAACAGCGGCACCGGCCGAAGCGGCAAGCGGGGCAGCAGACGAGGCGGCAACAGGAACAGGCGAAGCAGCAACAACAACUCGGGUGCGUUCAAGUCCCUCAGCAUGACGAAAAGCAAGGACGAAAAAAUGAAUGAAAACUUUGACAAUGCAAUGCAGGAAAAUGAGUACUUGCAGGAUAACGCAAAUAAUUUAAGGGGCAUGUCGGAGAACCAGCCCGCGCAUGGCGGCAGGGGAAGAAAUAACAAGAUGGUCUCCUAUGGCUCGAACGCGGCCAUGGGCGGAGGCCGCAUGAGCAACGUGGGCAUGAACGGCGUGCAAAACAUGCAGAGCAUGCAAAGUAUGCAAAAUGUGCAAAAUGUGCAAAAUGUGCAAAAUGUGCAAAACAUGCAAAGUAUGCAGAGCAUGCAAAGUGUGCAAAACAUGGCAAACCUGCCAAGCAUGCACAGCGCGAAGAGCCCCGAGCACGGAAAGAAAAGCUCAAGAGAAAAUGAAAAGGCCACCCCCGGGGCAAUGAUGAAGAGCGCGAGAAACAUGUCCUACGACAACAAGGGGAACAACUACAUGAAUGACGCGAACCAGGCGAACGCGUACGAGGCGAAGAAGAGCGACCCGUAUGCGAAUUACUCCUCCUCCAACAGCUUGAAAACGAUGAGCCAAAUGAACACCAUGAACAGCGUGAGCAACGUGCACAACAUGGGCAGCAUGCACAACAUGAACAGCAUGAAUAGCGUGAACAGCGCGGGCAGCAUGAGUGGAGCAAACCAGAUGAGCGGCGCGAACAACCUUAUGGACGACCACUACAGCGGAAGCCAGCAAAACAAGCAAAGCGGCAACGUGAGCGGCUCCACGCCCUUCCCCAACAUGGAUGCAGACGCAUUUCUGUUCCACGACUUCAACGAAUUCGUGACGUACAUGUAUAAGGAUGAAAACAUUUUAACCCUUUUCUACAUACGAAAGAAUUACCUAAAGGCAGAGUCGCGCGAAGAAUUUGUAACCGAAAAUGACAAAAUAAAAUACUCAAUCAUUUGGUCCUUUCCUAAUGAUGAAAAGAUUACCGUUACGGGGACGCAUAGCACAAAAAAGUUAAGCAAAAAAGUAUGCGUAAAGAAAAUUUUACAAAAGUUAAAAAACAUCUCAGUUUUGGAGAUAGACCAAAUGACCAAGUGGAUGAUCAACAGCUUAAAUGUGGUUCUCAAAGUGGAGCAUAAAAAUAUGGAAACUAAGGUGAACAAUAAUAACAUGUUUUGCACCAGCAUUGAAUGGAAAAUCAACAACAAAAUGUAUCACUCCAUGGGGAUACAUGCUCAUGAGAAGAUUGCCGAAAUUGUCGCAACACAGAACCUGUACAUGAUUCUGUAUGACGUCAAGGACCAGCUGGUUAAAGAAAUGGAGAGUGGCAAAAUGAGUGGCCAGCACGGCACCGCAGGCGGAAUGAAUAGCGGCAAGGCGUACGAAAAUAGCCUCUUCGACAAAAUGAUGAAUAACAGCAAUAGUAAAGGCUACGACGAUCAUGCUGCCAAUAAAAUGGGAGGCAAGUUCGAGUACGGAAAAGGGCAAAUGAUGCAGAACAAAAAUAUGAUGGAUGCCGCGGCUCUUUACAAAACUGGAAGCCCCUCGAAUAAAGACUUCAAUGCACAAGGCAUGAAUAAUUACAACACGUAUUAUAAUCCGAAUGACGGGAUGCUGCACCCGCAGUGUGGCGACAAUCCAAUGAUGCACCCCAUGCAAGGGGGCGCACCUGUUGGCGCUGCUGUUGGUGCUGCGGGCAAUAUGAAUCCCUACGCCAGGGGUGGAAACAGCAUGGAGCUAACCAACGCAGGCCAACUUGCCGGAAACAACCUGAACAUGAACCUUAUGAACUACCCAAAUGGAAACAACAUGGGGGGCAUGCCCAUUAUGAACGACAAAAAUAUGGGACCAGGCGUAGGAGCAGACCACAUGAACGGGCUGAAUAACCCCGGAAUGGUAGCCCCAGCACCGGUGAUAACGGACCCAACUGACCUCAUCGCCUACAAUUUAACGAAACAAGACUCGGGUAGCAUCCAAAUGCUCAGAAACAACAUUGCCUCAAGGUACAAGGUGCACCAAACGGAGAACUUCGAGCAGGUGUACAAUUUGUUCAAGUGUACGCUCGAGUGGGAAUGGAAAAAUGGAAAGAUUGCCUGCAAAACGAAAAGUGUCGGUUAUGGUACCACCAAAAAUUUGGCCAAGUGCGAAGCAGCCUACGACAUGCUGGUCAAGAAUAACCUCAUAGAGUACAUAUCCUCCACGGAUAGGAAGAACGCGCAUUAUAUAAAAGAUUUAAUACAGAAGGAUGUGAACAAAGCGAUGAAGCUAGCCAUUCAGUUUAUCAUGCAGUAUAGCAGUAACGCCUGGUCGAUUUUUUUAGUUUACCUUUUGAGGGAGUUGCUCAUAGAUGGCAAUUACGACCACAUCAAUAGGCUUCUCACCACCGUAGUGGAAGUUAGCAAAGAGGGAAGAAUCGAGGCAGAUAAAAUCAACGAGAGUAAUAGUGCCAAUGCAGGUGGGGGAAGUGGCGCAAAUGCAGGCAGAAUGGAUGGCAAUCAUUCGCACCGAUCUAGCAGAAUGAACAACAGCGGUCAGAAUCACGGCAUAUACAGCAGCAAUGCAGAUGGAGAAAACUACGUAGACAGUUCCAGCAGCCUAUUCUUCUGUAACCCCUACAUUAAGAACCGAAGUGACAAUAGCAAUUAUGUGCAUAAGCUGGUAUCCAUAGAUUUGUGGGAAAAAUUAAUCGACGAGUGUGUGGUCGUUUUAAAUGACAAGCUGUGCUUCCACUGUAUAACCCUCCUGAAGGAAGUUGAACUCGAUUACUCCAUCUUUAUUUCGAAAUGUGCCCAUGAUUAUUAUAAGAAGUAUAGAAUUAUGUUAGCCCUGGAACUGCAAGCCAAUCUGUCGCAGAGCAUUCAGGAGAAAAGAGAUUUCGAAUAUUUGCAUGAAAAUAAAUCGCUACUGUUAAAGGUAAAGAGUGCGACUAUGCCCAUUUUGUCAUUCACCUGUACCUUAACAUUGGAGGAGAAGGAAUGGAUGAAGUCGACGCAAAUGAGGGAAGACGACAUUGUGUUGCUAAAACCGUGUGAUUUGAUGCUCACGGAUGAAGAUGCCUGGUCUAGCAGCCUCAUCGGUACCAUUACAAGUACAAAGAGUGACAACACAGUUUAUAACAUUAACGUCAGAAUAUUCUCAGCGGAGAACACCAGAAAGGCAAAUGUGAAGUAUAGCAAGUAUAAGCUCUUCCUAUUAUUGAACAUCGUAACGCAUGAAAGAAUGCUGCAGGCUCUGAGGGCCAUCACCUUUAUUAGCUCCAUCCCGACGACGAACCAAUCGCCGUACGUGUUCACCCCAGAAAUCCGCUUCCUCAUUCUGCACUCGUAUAACAAAUAUUCAAAGCACAUUGCGCAGACGGGGAAAUUGAACCACGAAAUUGCAGAGUAUGAAAAGAUUAAGAUGGAUUUCCACAGCCAUGAGUCGUCCAAAAAUAGUGGGCAAGAAGAUUUACUAACCCAGUACAGUGGGCAGGCAAAGAACCCCUAUGGAGACCUACUCAACGAUGCUUUGAACAGACAAAUUGGAAAAACUCACACAGAUGAUAUUGAUCAGUAUUUAAUCGAAUCGAUCAAUUUGCCAACCAAUUUGCCCCUAAACGAUUCGCAAAAAUUGGCGUGCCUGAGUGCUCUAACCAGAAGAUUAACCCUUGUGCAAGGACCCCCCGGUACAGGAAAAACCCACGUUGCUUGCGCGAUUAUUGACAGCUGGCAUAGGCAGAAUAGUAACAAAAAGAUACUGGCCGUGGCUGACUCCAACGUCGCAGCUAAUAACCUCGUGGAAGGACUCAAAAAGAGGAACAUCCAGGCAGUCAGAGUGGGAGCGGGAAGUGACAGCGAUUUCCACGAAGAAGCCAUCAUGGACUUCCACCGAUAUAAGGAUCUCCUAAAGUUGAGAAAAAACAAUUUGCAAAAGGAAGCCAAAGUUAUGAAAGCUCUGUUAUUCCUCGAAGCGGUGAAGAAGUACAACGUCGUCAUAGCUACCUGUGUCGGUUCAGGACAUGAAAUAUUUGACAAUGAAAAAUUCGAAAGAGUCAUUAUUGACGAAUGUGCACAGUCGAUUGAGCCUUCGAAUCUUAUUCCACUUGGGCACAAUUGCAACAAUUUGGUCUUAAUAGGAGAUCACAAGCAGUUGCCACCAACUAUCAUUUCGUCUGACGCUACCAAAUUAGGGUUAGAUCGAUCCCUGCUGGAACGAUUUGUCAUGGCCAAAAUCGCCCCCGUUCAUUUGCUAACCACGCAGAGACGUAUGCAUCUAAGUAUUUGUACCUUUCCAAACAUCCAUUUUUAUGAUAACAAAUUGAAGACUGAAAAUGUCACCGAGGAGAAUCGACCCAUUAUUAAGGGUUUCUUGUGGCCGAACCCUAAAUGCAGAUUGGCAUUCAUCGAUGUGUCUCUUGGAAAGCCAGGAAGCAAGUUUGAAAAUGCCUACGGUACUUCCAAGUUUAAUUUGUACGAAAUUGAGCCCCUAAUAUCUGUGCUAAAAUCGAUUGUAAAUGAGGGUUGCGUGUCCGUCGACGAAAUAGGUAUUUUAACAGCAUACGAUGCGCAGAAAGUGAAGUUGAAGAAAGCCGUCCAAGAUGCCUUCCCCUAUGAGGCAGCAUGUCGUAUAGAAAUUGACUCCAUCGAUGGGUUCCAAGGAAAGGAAAAAGAUUUGAUUCUCUUUUCUGCGGUUAGGUCAAAUGCAAAUAACGAAUUAGGAUUUUUAAAGGAUGCCAGAAGGUUGAAUGUCAUGUUGACAAGAGCUAAAAGAGGAGUGAUCCUAUUUGGAGAUCAGUUCACCCUUGCCAAUGACCCCGAAAACUGGCUACCCUGGCUCAACUGGAUUUCCUCCAAAAGGGCCGUCGUACACAUCACCAAGUUGAAUGAGCACUUAGAAAAUGCAGAUUAUUCCCUGAUAGAUAAGCUAAACAAAAUAAACAAAACUGUUAAUUUGAAAAAUGUGAACGUAUCGGAUAAUUAUUUCUUAUAUGGAAAUGACACUGGAUUUUCGAACGACUACAAUGAGCCGCAGAAUUAUAACCAGAACGAAGAAGCCAACUUCACCGUCGGUUUGAAUGACACCAAGGAGGAAGUAGAGCCAGUCGAAGAGAUUGUUGAGAAUUGGGAAGAUUUGCUCUGA